AAAAUUGGUGAAAAAAAGGUAUUGGCUUCUAGGAUUAUGUCGUCCUUUUCCAUCGAAAAUAAUCCUUCCCACGUGACGAGUUCCCUCGUGGGUCCGUUCCCUCACGAUGCAUGGGACCCCGAAUUGGGUCUCAGCCCUCAGGGUGACCCAUUGAGCCCGGAAUAUGUGACUUCUGUCCCGUUGGUGAAUAAAGACACACUCGAUGGGAUGAACUUUUCGGACUUUUAUCAAAAUGACACUGUCCGAUUGGAUCUGCUCCUGAAGAUUCUUCAGGAGAGAGAUCGGAACAUGACCAAGUAUCAUCAUCAUGGCAAAUACUUCACUUCGUCCAUGGAUCUCGUUGUGGUGCAGCUCUCGCUUUUGGCCAUAUUAGUCUCGAUUGCUCUUUGUUGGGCAUGCUGUUUUAAAAGGCGCAUCAUUCAAACGAUAUACGAGACCCUAAGCCAAACCACAGAUGUGAAAUGA